CUGCUAACAUUCAUGGAGGCUCCGGCCUCAACUGUCCAAGAGCCUCCACAUAAAUGCUCUUUUUCAGCCUUCCCAGCUUAAAUAUUCCCUCCCAUGAACACUGAUCUUAUCAUACUUGCACUCAUCUUGUUGAAAAAGCCUACACAAUGAAACCCUUAACCUGCUUUGUCUUGGCCAUUCUAGCACUGAUCAUCAGUACUGCUUCGGUCUCUCUAGCCACCCGACCCGGAUCUGGUGGAUCCUUAUCAAACCAGCUCAGCCACUCCAAGGGCAAAAACGGCAAAAAAGAUGAUGAGAAUAAUGGUGGCACGGGAGGGUACUUUGGUCCUGGAGGUGGGUUUGACAUACCCGGGUUCGGGAAAGGUUGGGGAGGAAAUGGGUUCGGAGGAGGGUAUGGAGGCGGGUAUGGAGAUCCGAGUGGAGGGCAUUCCAAUGGCGGUGUAAUAAGGCCAACGCUUGUAUGCAAAGAAACGGGUCCAUGUUACAACAAGAAGCUGACGUGUCCAGCCAAGUGCUUCACUUCCUCUAGCAGGUCAGGGAAGGGUUACGGAGGCGGUGGCGGAGGCGGUGGAUGCACCAUAGAUUGCAAGAAGAAAUGUAUUGCCUAUUGCUAGAUGUAUGCAUUAAUUGUCAUAGACUCGUAGGCAUGCUCUACUUGCCUGUAAUAGUUUCUAUAUAUAUAUAUAUAUAUGUUGAGUACUACUAGCUAUAAAGUAAUCAUAGAGUUUUUAGAUAUAUAUGCUAUGGUCUUGGGAUCAUUAGGGUGUUAUAAAAAAUAAUGAAGUGGAGAAUAUAUAUAUAUAUAUAUAUAUGUAUGAAGUAGCCGCUUAAUUAUAGUAGUGAUGCGAAUGAAUGUACUUUUUUUUAUAAAGAGUAAUUUUCAUCAUAAA